UGAACAAUAUUACUAUAUUAGACUGCACUAACACAAGCAUUAGGCGUUGAAAGUCUUUUCUUGAUUUUGAAGUGAGCUCACAUAAAUUAUAAAGAAAGAGAUUCUAUUGACAACCUUUCCUUAGAACUGAAAUAUAUAAAUAGACAUGCCAGACUAUACCACCCAACCUCCAAAGGGCUGCAAUGAUUGUAAUCCAGAGAUGAGAAGGUGAUGCCUUUCUAACGAAAAAAAAAAGGCUAUACAAAAGGUUGUUUGCCUGCUCCCUUUCAUCCCUUUUCCCUUUCUUUUUUUUUUUUUUUUUCAUUUUUCAGUCUACGCGCCUCCAUGUCUCUUCCCUGUUCCUUUUUUUUUUUUUUUUAAUUUUGUUAACAGCCUCCUUAUUUAUUUAUCAAUGCACUUGGUCUUGGGCCAAGCUUGCCUGCGCCUGAAUUUGCAAACCUCUCUCUCCCUCUCUCUCUCUCUCUCUCUCUCUCUCUCUCUCUCUCUCUCUCUCUGCAAGAACUAAGAAGAGAUGCCAGAAGACUCUGCAAUGGAGAAGCUUGAGAUGGAGAUUUCUUCAGAUCAGAGCAAAAAUGAGCAGCCCCAGGCUCCGGGAAGAAGGAAAGGUGGCCUGAUAACCAUGCCAUUCAUCAUAGCAAAUGAAGCAUUUGAGAAGGUGGCAAGCUAUGGGCUGCUUCCCAACAUGAUCCUAUAUCUGAUGAGAGAUUACAACAUGGGCAUAGCCAAGGGGACCAACUUGCUAUUCUUCUGGUCUGCAGCUACCAAUUUCUUGCCUCUUGUUGGAGCUUUCCUCUCAGACUCUUACCUGGGUCGAUUCCUCACCAUUGGUUUUGGUUCCAUCUCUAGUCUCCUGGGUAUGACCCUCCUCUGGCUGACAGCCAUGCUUCCCCAAGCAAGGCCGCCUCCAUGCAACCAAUUAGCCCAUAACUGCAAGUCCCCGACAUCUGCCCAAUUUGGUCUGCUAGUUUCUUCAUUUGCUCUCAUGUCCAUUGGAGCUGGUGGGAUUAGGCCAUGUUCUUUAGCAUUUGGUGCAGAACAGUUGGAUAAAAAAGAGAACCCAAAAAAUGAGAGGGUCUUGGAGACCUUCUUCAGCUGGUACUAUGCUUCUGCGGCUCUUUCUGUUGUGGUUGCUUUGACGGGCAUCGUUUAUAUUCAAGAUCACGUGGGAUGGAAAGUUGGUUUUGGAGUUCCAGCAGUUCUUAUGUUUUUAUCGGCCUUCCUUUUCUUCCUGGCUUCUCCAUUUUAUAUUAAGCACAAUCCCAGCACAAGUUUGUUCACUGGCUUUGCCCGAGUACUCGCUGUUGCUUACAAGAACAGAAAACUUGCAUUCCCACCUUCAAACUCGGAUGGAUGGUACUACCAUGACAAGGACUCAAAGCUUGUUGUGCCAACUGAUAAACUAAGGUUUUUAAAUAAAGCUUGCAUAAUUAGAAGUCCUGAAAAAGAUAUAGACCCAGAUGGAUUAGCCUCAAAUCCAUGGAGACUCUGCACUGUAGAGCAAGUAGAAGAGCUCAAAGCACUCAUCAAGGUCAUUCCACUGUGGUCAACUGGGAUCAUGAUGUCAAUAAACAUAAGCCAAAGCUCAUUUCCCCUACUGCAAGCUAAUUCUAUGGAUAGACACAUCACUUCAAACUUCCAAAUUCCUGCAGGUUCAUUUGGAAUGUUUACAAUCAUUGCUUUAACAAUAUGGAUUGCUAUCUAUGAUCGUGUGCUCCUUCCCUUAGCAUCAAAACUCAGAGGAAAACCUGUGCGGCUUAGCACAAAAGAAAGAAUGGGAAUUGGGCUAUUUUUUUCUUGCAUGGCCAUGGUAGUUUCAGGACUUGUUGAGCAUAUUCGCCGGAGAAGAGCAAUUCAUGAAGGAUUUCUGACUAAUCCUCAUGGACUAGUGGGUAUGUCGGCUAUGUGGCUCGUACCACAACAUUGCUUGAGCGGUCUAGCUGAAGCUUUUAAUGCGAUAGGCCAGACAGAAUUCUACUAUUCGGAGUUUCCCAAGAAUAUGUCCAGCAUUGCUUCAUCUCUUUUCGGAUUGGGAAUGGCUGUGGCAAAUCUGUUGGCCAGUGUCAUACUGAACACUGUGGAUAAUGCUACAAAAAGAGGAGGAAAGGAGAGUUGGGUUUCAAGUAACAUUAACAGGGGUCAUUAUGAAAAUUACUAUUGGCUUCUUGCCAUAAUGAGCUUCAUUAAUUUAGGGUAUUUCCUUCUCUGCAGUUGGGCCUACGGACCUUGUGUUGAACAAGGCACAAAGGUUGGGGAUGAGGGAAGAGGUUUUAAGCAGGAAGAAGAGCUUUCUGAGCUAAAGAAUGCAGUGUUGGAUGAAAAGGAAGGCCCAAAGGAGGAAGAGGGGUUGUAUAAAUUAAGAGAAUUGCCAGCAUAAUUUGUGCCGAGUGUUAGCCAGAUUGUUGUACUAAAUAUAUAGAACUACAUGGUUUGAGCAAAUGAAGAUACGAUUGUAAGUUUGGAAUUAGAGGAAUUCAAAUAGCCAUCAGUCUCGUACACUCCCUGCAGAUAAUGCAUGGUUGCUGCUCAACUCUCUUAUGCACCACCAUUUACGACAUAAUUAUCGAGCUUUAUGUGGGUUUUUCUCCUCCCACUGGGAUAGUCAUGUCAAAAUUGUAGUUGUGUUGUGUGAAGUGAAACAAAAGCUGCAUGCUCAUUCUAGUAUAGGGGUAAAGACUUUGCUUUGAUCAAUUUCUACUGUCUACUCAAAAAUUAGUGAAAAAAAAUUAGAGUGGGGCAUUUUAUUUUAUGAAUUUAACAAGGGAGUUUGCUGAUCUGUUGAUUAAAAAAUGUUGGCUAAAAUGGGAAACUUCCGGAA